GUCCUAACGGCUGGCGGCCUGUGGCCUUGUGAGAUCUCUCACGCGUCCUCGUCCCGCUACUUUUACUCACCUUUCGGUCCAGGGUCUGUUUGCGUCCCGGCGUCUCGGUAUCUCUGUCGUCUUCUUUCAGGCCAUUUCCCCGCUCUUCACUUCUCGUAGUUUGUCUCCGCGGCCUCAUCUGUUCUGUUUCUACCCCCCUCUCUCUCCUCUCUGUGAACGACUCUCUCCUUCCCCGGUCUCCUCACCCUUGGUGCCGGACAUUCUCCCGGGCUUUGGUGUCCGAGGCCUGAGGGGCUGUCCCCGCGCCCCAUGGGAGAGCCCCCCGCGCCCAGCUCUGCUCCGAUAGAGACCGAGGAGCCGGGGUCUCGCGCAGAGGUCAUGGAAGAUGUGGUAUCGUGCUCCUUCAACUGCCCUCUGUUCUACCAGGAAGACAAGCGAGGGAUUACCUACCGGAUCCCAGCCCUGCUCUACGUCCCCACUGCCCAUACCUUCCUGGCCUUUGCGGAGAAGCGCUCAACCAGCAGGGAUGAGGAUGCUCUCCACCUGGUGCUGAGGCGAGGGUUGAGGACUGGGAACUCAGUAAAGUGGGGGCCCCAAGAGGCCCUGAUGAAAGCUACAUUACCAGGGCAUCGGACCAUGAACCCUUGUCCUGUGUGGGAGCAGAAGAAUGAAUGUGUGUAUCUGUUCUUCAUCUGUGUGCGGAGCCAUGUCACUGAGCGGCAACAGAUUGUAUCAGGCAGGAAUGCUGCCCGCCUCUGCUUCGUCUGCAGUAGGGAUGCUGGUUACUCAUGGAGUGAGGUGAGGGAUCUGACUGAGGAAGUCAUUGGCCCAGAGAUGAAGCACUGGGCCACAUUUGCUGUGGGCCCAGGUCACGGCAUCCAGCUACAGUCAGGGCGGCUGGUCAUCCCUGCAUAUGCCUAUUACAUCCCUUACUGGUUCUGCUUCCGGGUACCAUGUAAAGCCAGGCCUCAUUCUCUGAUGAUCUACAGUGAUGACCUGGGGGCCACAUGGCAUCAUGGCAUGCUCAUGAGAUCCAUGGAGACUGUGGAGUGUGAGGUGGCAGAGGUGACUGGAAGGGCUGGCCACCUUGUGCUGUAUUGCAGUGCCCGGACACCAAAUAGGUGUCGGGUGGAGGCUCUCAGCACUGACCAUGGUGAAUGCUUUCAGAGGCUGGCCCUGAGCCAACAGCUCUCUGAGCCCCCACAUGGCUGUCAGGGUAGUGUGGUGAGUUUCCAGCCCCUGGAGAUCCUACGUGGGCACCAGGAUCCUAGUGGCAAAGGUGCUCCCCCCAUUCAGAAGAGCUUUCUGCCAAACAGCUCUCUGAGACUGGAGCAGGAAGCUGGAACACUGUCAGAAUCAUGGCUCUUGUAUUCACAUCCAAGCAGUAAGAAACGGAGGGUUAACCUAGGCAUCUACCUCAACCAGACCCCCUUGGAGGCUGCUUGCUGGUCCCGCCCCUGGAUCUUGCACUGUGGGCCAUGUGGCUACUCUGAUAUGGCUGCUCUGGAGGAGGAGGGCUUGUUUGCAUGUUUAUUUGAGUGUGGGAUCAAGCGGGAAUGUGAGCAAAUUGCCUUCCGCCUGUUUACAGACCGAGAAAUCCUGAGCCAUGUGCAGGGGGACUGCACUAGCCCUGUUAAGAACCCUGAGAAAGUUCAAGACUAACUAAUUGGCUUAGGACCUACCUUUCCAUAGAAGGGAAUAGGAACCAUAGUCAGGAUAAUGGGAGCUAAGAUAGCAGAGGUUACUGAAGUCUACAGAGAAUCCAAAAGCCUAGUAUUCUGUUCCCUCCUCCCCCUCCAGAGAGCAAAAUGAAAAUUUGCCUUAGUUACUGUAGUGGAAAGAGCACUGAACUGAGAGCUGGGUGACCAUGACAUGGUUCUGGCUCUGCCACUGACUUGCUUGACCUGUGCCACCUUACCUCUCUGGGCCUCAGAUCUCCACCUGUAAAAUGAGAAGAUUGGUUUUGUGAUUUCUCUUCUUCCCAUUCCUGGGAGAGGCAGAGUUCCUGGGUGCUCCAUGAUCAGCAAGUCCUGGCUGCAUAUAGGACUCUGAUCUCAAAAUGGAAAUCAGAGGACUUACCUUUUCAAAUGACACUCCCUUCAUUCAAGUAUGAGAUGACAUAGUAGGAAUGAAGAUUUGGAUGGUUUGUUCCAUUUUAAAUAACAAAAACACCCACACACUUCUAAUCAUGCUCAGAGCUCUGCAGUUCCUCUAUCUUAGAGGAAUUGGGCACCACAGUAGAAUCAUGAUGUUACCUACCUUCUCCAGCUUUGCAGUUCUGCUCAACCUUCCUUUCCUUAUCCAGAAAGCAUUGUUUUCUAGGGAAAAAAUGAGAAGCUCAAUGCCGGUGGUCCUUGAUAAUGGUGAUUUUUGCUUCUGAUGGCAUCACCCCUAUGAAAGAUGGACCUGAAGUUCACUUAUUAGGAUGAUUUCUGAUAGGAAAAGGACAUGGUUAGGACUUUAAAACUUUGGAUGACAGUUUAUGAGGUGAGAAGAGGAAGAAAAUUCAAGGAAGGAAAGGAACCUGAUGGAAGUUUACAGAUUUUGGGCCUUAAAUUGGGGUGAUGGUAGCUCUUGAUGUCAUUUUCUUAGAUGUGUCUUCAGUAUGACUGUAGUCAUCUGCCCAAAGGCUUGUUGAAGCUGGUAGUUUCCUCAAAUUUGCUUUUCUUAGAAUGUUAUUGUGGCCCAGCCACUCUUUUACCCAUGGAGGAGGUCUUCAACCUCCCCAUUAGGAAGGUCUCUGAACUCCCAAGCCUCUGAGUUGGGCCUAUUUGUUUUGACCUCCUGGAAUCACCAUAUGUGAAGUAGGGAAGGAUGACAUGUUGUCUUAUAGGCUUGAGGCUGAAAAAAGUUUAUGCUGGGUCUUUCAGGGAAUACCAGACUGAUUGCUCAUAUCUUAGAUUUUCUCCCCUAUAACCUGUUAUUGGGCCAUAAAUCUAUCAUAAGAGAUUUAUUCCUUUGGGUAGGAAAUCUCUUUUAUCCCUAUUUUAGAAAGAUAAUGUUUUACACUGGUAUCUGCUAAUGUAUUUCAUGCUGGAUAAUGACCAUGGAAAGCAAGUCUUAGCUAGUCUGGGAGGCUAGGGGUUUCAGUUGUACCGGUAGAAUGGGGGAAGAUCGUAUAGGAUGAAAGUAGAGAUUAACUUCUACUUUAGCAUACUGUUUAAGCCCAUGGCUUAGAAAUGACUUUUUAAAAUUCUGUUAGUCUCUCAUAUGUUGCCAAAGUAAUCUUCCCACUUCAGAGUUGGCAUUCAUUCAUUCAUUUAUACAUUUAUCUAAAUAUUUUCUGAGUGCCUGUGCAUAAUGCAAGGUACUUUUUACUGUCGUUCCCUGGUUGAAAAUUAUCUGUAGCUCCCUAUUGCCUACUAAAUGAUAUUUUCAUUUAGCCUGGCAUGCAGGACUUUCAGUUAUGUGAAGCCUCCUGUUAGGGAGGUUGGAUUAAAUAAUGAAUUAAUGAUUAAAUAUUUCCCUCUCCUUCCUUAUUUGAAGCCCACUGUCAGGGAACAGCUCUUGCAGGUUGGCAAGUUGAGGGAGUGGGGGCUUGGAGAUGGGCAGGUGGUGCAGGGAGGAACUGGGGAAGGGGAGAGGAUUAAAAAGGCAGUCCUCUUCUGAGUAGUAGAAACUCCUUGUUCAACAAAGCCUUACUGAGCACCAUACCCCAAUUAUAUAGGAAUAGUUCUAAAACUAAGUCUAAAGGAUGAAGAGAAUAAGAAUAUUAAGACUUGGAACUAUCCAAGAAGAGAGUCAGCGAAGGAACCUCAGUCACGUGCCAGUAUGGGUCAGAGCUGUCUCAUACUGGUACUCACAAUGUCUCAUCCAUCUCUAAAUUCUGCUCCCUCUCACAUUUACUCUUAUGUUUGCUUCUCCUUAAUGACUAGCAGAGAACCUUCUUAACAGGGAAAGGGACUAUGUGCAUAUUUCAGGAAUAGUAAGAAAAGGUUGGGGGACAGGGAAAUCUGGCAUGAAUACUAGAGAGAUGAACAGAAUGGGUGAUGGCAGCUGUGAAGAAAAAGAAUAGCAGAUAGGAGUCUUGGCACCUUCAGGAAGAGAGAGGAAGUGGCAUAGAUGUGAGGCCUAGGUCGUAGAGAUGGUGUAGGUGGUGGCUGCUGUGAAGAAGAAAUGACCACAGGAUAGAGCUGUUCCUUGAGACCUGUGGGAAGAGAGAGGACUACACAGGCCAGCAGCUUGGGCUGCAGAGAAGGUCCUAUCCAACCCUGUUACUUUAAGCUGACUUAAACUUUCUCAUGCUCUAGGUAAUCAACGAAGAUAUAUUUGGGUACACCAACCCUGCUUGUGCCAAUUACCCAAGGCUUUCAAGUCCCUGGAACCUGUACCAUGACAGUACUCUGAUACUGGUACCUUAGGUGCGCUCAUUUCAGCUACCCUUAGAUUGGGGGUAGAAUGGAAAAGAUGGGAUAGGUGAUGGCAGCUGUGAAGAAAAGAGGAAAGGAGACUGAAGGCCUAUAACCUGUAAGAAUAAAGAGAGGACUACAUAGGCUGUGGUUCCUUGCCCCCAGGUGUCUUGCUCACCCUUUCCCCUGGAAACUAGAGUGGAUCUAUCCAACACGUGGCUCACCACUGGUAGUGCAGGAAAGCAUGGGUAGAAGCCUCUUGCUGCUGGUAUUUACCCAGACUUGCCUCCCACCCCCCCACCCCCAUUCAACCUGCUGGUCCUGCUCAUGCUUCCUGGUUCCCUAACUCCUAAGCAACUAAUAUUCACCUCAGGCCCUUGUUACUUGGAUGCUUUGUUUGAACCUGUUUUUCCUGGUCACCACUGGGACUCCCCUCCAGUGUCCAUAAGAUAUCAUGCAGCUGCAGCCAUGGGUAAAAGACCUUUCACCCUGCCUGCCAGGUAGCCUAAGGUACCCACAGAGGUCAACCUGAGGCUGCACAGCCUUAUCCCUAGGGCAGGAUCCAAUACUUACCUUCUGGCCAGAUUAGGCUAUCCACUCUUCUCCAGCAGUCCCUGAGUUUUCCCUGCUGCGUUAUUCAAAUAAUAUCAUGUCAUCCUUCUCUGUGCUGCUGCAGUGUACUAAGUGUCCCUUUGGUCCUUACUUCAGGCUGCCCUGUAUUAUUGUUGUCUGCAUUGUGUCCUCUAGCCCUCGUUCGGCUGUGAACUCAAGGGCUAAGUCUGUCUGACGCCUCUCUGUGUCCUUUUUACUUUGAGUUAUCUAUAAAUAUAUGCUUUCUAUCAUAUUUUGAAUUCCCAGAAGGUAAAGACUGGGUCUGAUUCCUCUCUUUGUCCUCUGCACUCGGCACUGGGCCUGGCACAGAGUAGAUAGCAGUAAAGAUAUGCUGAAGAUGAGUCAAAUACCCUUGACCUUUUGGAGCUAAUUGAGGAUGCCAGGGGGAGUUCUACCCCAGGGAGAAGGAGGUUGCAUCCCUCUGUGGUUUGCAUAGCAUUUUAAACCUGCCAAACACUCACCCUAAAUGAGUGUUCUCUGUGCUGAUCUGCUUCUAAGUCAGUCACAGUACUUCCUGGGAACAGGUUUUGCUCUGGCUUGAACUUGGACCUGCCUGGAUGUCCUACAGAUCAUAGCCCAAGCCCAAUGGUGGUCUCAUUGCACUGGCGUGUACCCUCUGUCCCUGAUUAGUUUUUCUAUAACUGCCACUGCUCCAUGACUCAAAGGAGAUAAUGGGCUCAAAUUGUUCUGAGCAUGUUUUGGCUCUGUGAUUCCAAGUGCAAGAAAUAUACCAUAAAAACUACAUGACUCUCUGAAACAAGGAAAAUGAAUAAAGAGCUUAAUUCUGGUGA